AUGACAACUAGUGUCAGUCAGAGCUUCAGUCAGCUGCGGAAGAGGUCCAGCCUGUGCACGUGAGUUGUGUUUUGUGUUGAAAAGAAAUGAUUUGAAUUAACCACUAAGCCAAGUAGCCGAUUUAUAACUUCAACACCUAUGUAAACAAACAGUUGCGGAUCCGUGAGCUGUUAUUGCUGUUCUGGGGUUGAUAUUGCUACUUCUGAAGCUUUUGACUCUCGACAAGUCCAAUCCCUCAGAAAUCUAAAAUCAGUUAAAGCUACGAGCACCGGACAGUGAUUGUGUUGGACAGUUUCAUGCAGGGGUCGUUUCCCAUGAUUCCCCAUUUCGGAAGUAGAAACCUGCAUCCACCUACCAGGUAUGACGAUUUAGGGUUCGAUGAAUGCGCCAGGCGAUGAGCAAGCCCAACCGGGCAGCAAAAGGCAUUCUCACUUAACAAUAUUCCUGCGUUCCUUGACACAGUCAUAGGCAGCUGAUUUGCCAAAGCUACGCCGGAACCAGAUUUAGGAUGAUAUGGCUACUGCAUGGUUAUCCAAUUUUUGUGUGCUCUGGCCUUUGUCGAAGGACGUUCAGCUAUCCGUCAUUCGUAAACACGCUGGGCGUAACCAGGAUAGCCUCAUAAUCCGGGAUUUCCUGUCAUGCUGAAAUAGCGUUUCAGCGUUAUCUCAGUUUCCAUCAUCCUCCACAAAGAGAACACGAUAAGCGUUUUUUUCAGUUAGCCAAUGACAGCAAUAAGACGUUGGCUUUCUUGAAUGGCACACGGGGCAAUGUAACUCCUCCGAUACCAUAUACAGAUUAGGAGGAGAAUGCACCAUCCAGACGGCCACGUCCUACAGCAUAACCUGUGAUAAGGCAUCAAGCCGAGGCGACCCUGAUUGCUAUAAGUUGUAAAUCUUUUUUUGAAAUACGCCUCAACGUCGUGGUUUAUUAGUAGUAAGAAAUCGCUGAUGACCUGUCAGCUGUCUCCUGCCGCAUCAUAGCACCGACGACGAGUAGUGAAUACAGCGGAAUUUUAACUUGUCCAGAAACUCGAUACGAAAACAGCACAAUUAUAGGUCAGUACCGAUGCACCCUGCUGCUGAGGCUUAUUUUAAACUUGAGCCGGGAAUAAAAUCCAACAAAUCAGACUGUUAUGAGCCCAUUUCAGAGCCGUAUACUAUCUUAUCCAUAAUUUUACCAAACUACUUGAUUUCGGCCGCUGCAAAAUAAGCGCUGGUCCCCAGCUUAACUGCCUCCAAACAUUUGUUGUCAAUCCGAAUGAAUGGGGGGAAAGUGUAGUCAGCUUGUCGACCUAGCUGCGGGCUCCCAAACGCGUUCGCAAACAAUGCAUAGUGGAACGUCCUUUAGCUAAGCUCUUUUGCCAAAUACACGGGCUGAUAUCUCGGGCGGACUGGUCGUUACGAUCCAUAGGCACCAGUUUGACAAAUCGAGUGUUUAAGGGAAAGUCACAGGCCUAAAUGAUACAAUGGGAUAUGGGUCCAUUAUGCCUUAUUUACCAGUGUUCGAUCGAUGAAAAGAUAGGUUCCCUCUUACAAGCCAGUGCCUUAAGAAUAUAAAAACGCUUGACGAACGUCGUCAAAAUCGCAUCGAUGUACUUUUGAGACUUUUGACACCCCCGCUAAUUUGAUAAAUAGAGGAAGGAGUAAUUGAAUUAAGCAACAGCCAGCUCUCAGACUGCCCUUAUAGUAUACGGGAGUUGAAGAGGACAGGGGCAACGAAAUAUGCAAAAUGUGAUGAUUUCAUAAAAUCUCUUGACCUUUGCUUGUUUGCGUCGGGAAGCCAAUGGUUCGGUGUGCACUCAUUCCUGAGGGAAUAUAUAUAUAUAUAAACUGUUCAAUAAGAGCAUAUGUAUAUAGGCAAUGACCAAGGGCAAUUAUAUAAGUGGUCGGCUUUACCUUAUUUAAAUUAAUUCCGGUAAAACGAUGUUUCUGCCUGUGAAUUACUGUCUACCCGGCUGUGGCGAUUACGCAAAGCGCAAAGUGGAUCGUGACAGGCGGGUGUUUGAGUGUCAAGCUGUUUAUGCUGCUCUUGCAACUCUGACGGAAGUUCACGCAUGCAUUUGGCUAAUAUGAUUCUCUUCACAAGACCAUGCAAGUGAGCAAAUGCGCAUUCGGGUGCGAUCUCACCCUGUUCACCAGCCAUCGGGCUGGGCAAUUAUUGGCUAGUGAACAAGGGAGACUUAGCAACCACAGUCCUAUUCAGUGAAGUGCCUGCGAAUAAAAAACCCUUCAAAUUUUGUGUUUUAAUCAGCAGCAUUUUGCCUUGGCUAAAUUUGCUUAUCGAGGACGCAUUAAUGAUAUCGAGUGAGCUUUAUUGUAAAAAUAUCCUCCGGAUUAAAAAAAUUUAUAAAUGCGCAUCCCUCCUUGCUAAGUAAGCCCUCUUCAUUCUUUUCCCAAAGUCUCCGUAAUUCCCUUCGACUGAGACACAUAAGUAUACGAUUGCAAUUUUGUUUUUAAACCCGUGGGUCCUUACUUAGGCAACGCUGUGCAUGGCUCCAUUCGUUCUUCAAAACAAAACAUGUUAUUUAUCGUCAGCUUCUCUCCUAAAGCAAUGGAAUGUAUUCACCAAGACUUUUCCUUUGUGAAACGUUUGAUCUUUACGCCUCAAAUUACACGCUAUCUAGAAACGUCUUGCUAGUAAUAAAGCCGGGAUUUGGGAAUCACGGUGAGAAUUAAUGCAAACUUUUCCACUCUCAUUAAGCAAACCUCCUUAUCGGACCUGUCAGAUUUUUAUUGCAGUUUCGGGGCCCGUACAGCCGCUUCUUUCUAUUGAUGACGCAGUACAAGUUCCCCUAACUACUCCUUAAUCAUCGAAAUAUACGAAGUAGUAAGCGCUUCCACGUGGAGGCAAAGUUAUACCCGAAAAUGGUCACAAAAGUAAGCAUUCUUUGCAUAAGGGGAAUUAUAUGAGCAAUUUUUUUGCCACAAGUUUCGAGAAAUCCGCAAAUUUAAUCAUCGUCUAACCAGGGAUUUCCGUUCCACAGACGGAACGUUCGCAAAAUCCGACAGAACAUCCAUCAAAAGGUCCGCAUUUAACCUCUCAGUAGGUUAUUUUCUUCUAAAAUUCAUCCACUGUCAAAUUGCUAAAAGUGGCAAGGUUUUGCCAUCAGUUUGAAGUAAGGCAGACUUUCGUCAUUUUAGUGGCAAGGAUGUAACAUCACACUGCGAUUGAACUAAUUGUAGACGUAAUUCCUGGUUGACCGCAUUUCAGCGCGAACUUGAACAGCUAGCAAAUAAGAGCUUUCGCAUGAAGCGGUCAGUCGUUUUUGCUGACUAACUGAUAGACAACAAAUGAGCCAAAAGGUAACGAUUGGUUAGCCAGGUCGAAUUGCCUGACUAACGUGAGUCUGCAAGGCGUUUUAGUUGCGGAGUAUAGCGAACUCAUGGAUUCAAAAGGCUUUUGUCGCAAAACGGGGCAGAACUGCCAACCACCGAAUCCGUGCCGGUUGAUCUAUUUCGAACUUGUUGUAUUCACACCCGAGGGGUGUGUGCGUGAAGUGCUGAAUAUACUUUGCCUACCAACUCACAGGACGAACCUAUUAUUGGUGAGCGUCUCGUCUGGCUGUGUAAAUCUCUCAUUUCGCUGGGUUUUCCAUCGGAAAUACUUGUUGAAAUUAUGCCUUACAAGCUAUGCGUGCUGCACUGUAUAGUCCUUUCUUCCUUAAUUCAUUGUAUCCCGUCAGGAGUUUGCGUGACAAUUUUUAUUGUGCCCCAAAAGCUCAAAAUAAUUUGCGGAUUUUUUUUAACAUUUUGUGCGUUCCAUUUAAUCCUUUUCUGAUUGACGGCUAAUAAGGCUGUCUUUUGCAUUUUCGCUUGGAUUUCUUGGUGUUUUCCCUGUCAUUCAGCAGGUAGGUCUCAGUGUCAGGUUUGUUGCUGCGAGGGGUAGAUAACUCACGUUUUGUCAUACGGUUAAGUGACGAAAAGUUUUAGACGCCGAUAAUCUGCCGCUGCAUGACACAGCUGCGAGGGGUUCGGCUCAUCAGUGGGUCCCCCAGCAUUCCCUCUCCGCUUUCUGGCAGAUACUCCAAUUUAGAAAGCCUAUCCACCCAUGUAGAUAUAACUAGAGAACAAGGAGGAAAGAUAAAUAUAGAAGACGAAGGCUUGGGCUAAAGUUUACAAGUAGACGAGAUGGCGAGCAUACGUAGCUUUCGAUAAAUUCUCGUCGGACCAGUAAAGUUAUAUGGGAACGGGUUAGAAGUAAAACAUGUCAGCGAUAAGAGAAAUCGAUAAACGUUUGCCUUAAAACACAGGCGGGGUGUGGGAAUUUAGAGGAGGGGGGAGAGGGAUCAUAGUAGUCAGUGUCAGAGCCGGGGUGAGAGCGGAAGGGCGCGGAGAGUUUCAGCGUUAGUCGACCUUCGACCACUGUAGGCGUGGAGCCUGAACGUGCUUACUCUGUGCGCAUAAGAUUGACUUUCGUAACCUGAUGGCGGCCGCUUCUGCCGUCGCUAACAGGCGCUGUCCUAGUAGCUUAGGGUAACUCGAUGGGACCUUAUAAAUCACACGAAAAGCUUCGUUGUGGUCCACACGAUGUCCGGAAUCGAUAGCAUGCGGGAGAAUGGCGCUGCUUAUGCUCCUCGUUUUGCCUUUUCCCAGUCAUGCUGGGAGGUGUUCCCGUAUUCUCUUGGAUAGGCGCCGACUCGUGCGACCAAUAUAACCAAAAUAGAAAGAGAUGAAAUCUCCCCGUGAAACAAAGGAAACCCAUUUAGGGAUAGAGCAGCCAGCGAUGCUGCGAAAACGACCUUCUGAGGAGCCCUCAGACGCUAACGAUGUGGCAGUGGAUUAUCAGGAAACAGGAUUUUUGCACAAGUGAAAAGACUGAAAGGGAGGAGUUCAGUAUCAGACAUUUAAGCGUAACUUGUUUAAAUUUACAAAUUUCUCAGACUCCAGUCACCUGUAGCAUACGUUUUUAGGGCACUUGUCAAGGCGUGUCCGGGGUGUCUGUUUGUCUAGAAAAUUGACUUGUCACGGCGAUCCUACGUUUAAUUUAACUGGCGAUGCGCCUGUGAUUCGAAUGCAACCAAAGUCCAGGCCUAUAUGGUGCACUUCUCUUCCUCGCCCCCUGCAGGUCACCAAAAUGCAUUUUAGCGCCUUGUUUAAUUUCCGAAGAAAUUAAUGCGCGAAACUGGAGUAAACCCCCCGAAACAGACCUUUUCGGGCUCUGUCUGAAAGUUGAUAUGAAUAUGUGGGCCGAAAUCCAAUCAGCUACUGCGGAAUAAGCGCGUAAUAUUCCCAAGCUGACAACAGACAGUCAGUAGUAUACAACUACGUAAUUAUUUACCAUACUGACAACUAAUGUACUGGCUAAAUGCCCGGCGUGUAUGAGCUUUUAGUUGGUGCCUGUGCUGUCAGUAUGGAAAAGUAAUUGCGUAGAUGCGUGUAAGCAUAAAAUCGGCUCGAUGAGCUGCGAUGCCUUACGGACUACUUGACGUGGCGUCGUGAGCAUCGCAAUGCGCAACUCCCGCAGAAAAGUUCGCUCUUCGCCAAGUUGAGCAAGGAUUUCCACGGUGUUUAAAUAAUUUUCUCCUUUAUUUUUGUCAAGGUGCAACACCUUAACGGUCCACGUCACCUUGACUGAUGCGUUCAAAUGAGGUUGUAGAGAGGCAUGGAAACCGUGCUCACUGGGCCACCGGUACAACAACUCCUUGCUCGCCGUUUUACGCUUCCAGCUACAUCGCCUUCCACGAGGGAGGAAGUAAGUCACAAGACCAGCAGUACUUUUGACGUCCACGAAUUAUUUUGAGGGCUUAGACGAAACAAAUUAGAGUUAUUUUUACGGGAAACGCAAUUUCCCAUUCAUAUAGAAGGCAGUUUUUUAUAUUUUAGUCUCUCAUUUUGAUCAUAUGUGCCGCUUCUAUCUUGCCGUUUGUACACGUCUUCCGCCCCAAAAUUAGAAAUGUGCUGUCCCGGCUGUUUUUAGCGCAAUUUUCCCUUUUCGCCCCUUCAUUGGCCUCCAGACGACAUAACGUGCUUAGAGCGCGACCGCGUAGUGUUUUUCUUCAAAUGCCUUUAUCUCAGGCAGUUCAUGCAAAAACUAUCAGCUGAGAAAAAUGAAGUACUCACCGGAUCAAGGGAAUUGUAUUGAUGACGUUUCGGAGAGCUUGGGCAUGAGCUGAUAGAUUUUUUUCUUCCUUCAUCUUCUAACCGUCAUUUGCGAAUGUUGGUAGCCUCCUGUGUUGUGUGUCGUCACCUCCAAUUGGGGUCGGUUGCCUUUGUGUCCCCCUUUUGGGUGAAUAACUCGAAGGUGAGCACUUCAUUUUUCCCGAUUAUCGACCCGCAUCUCUUACGUUUGCCAACUCGAGAAAAAAAUAUCGUGGACGAUUUUUUUUGCAUUUGUGCAGAAGGACAAAGUAUCCAUCCAUUUGCUGUGGUUAAUCUGAACAAACAGAACUGAAGUAUGCUGAAUUAGAGAAAAAAGCGUUUGUGAAAAAUAAGUCAAAAAAGGAACAUGGAAAAAUCGAAUGAGGAGGUACUUAAUCAUCCUUGUUCUGUUCAGCAGUUGUAGAAUGUACCUCAAGCCUUUUCUCACCAUACGCCAUAGGUCGACCAUCGCAAACGACGAAGUCUACCAUGUACCCCACUGGACGCACGCGGUCCCGGUGACCUGCGAGUGAGCAGACUUACGCAGCAUCUUCCGCCCUCCUCAUUUCCUCACCUACUUUCUCCCAUGACUUUAAAAGGUCGAGACGAGCAGAACUUCACGCUGGUACACUUGCAGACAAAUUCGAAUUGUUCGUCUACGCCUACCACACACACAUACGUUACCAGACCUUUACUACGUAAAUCAGACUUCUGUAAGAGCAGCUCGGAUCUAACACCGACGUGACUGUCAUUAAGGCCACAUGAAGCGGGCGCCAUUGCAGCCUGACUUAACUGGUAAUCUCUCAAGCCAGGACGCUUAGCGCGUCACACUGAUCACUGUGUGGAGUUCGCUGAUACGUCUUGAAGGUGGGUUCCUCCACUGUUAACCCCUCAAUCCCUCCCGCAUGCACCAGUCCAAGGCUGUCAGCCAGGGAAUGAUGGAAUUUGGCGCAGUGAAUGAAGGGUCCUGGAAGCCAGACUCUAAGGCGUGGCACAUGCAGCGGCAGCCCCUUGUGGAGGCCAGUGGGCCAUGCACAGGGGUAAGAUGGCACGUCGUGCGUGGUCCACCGACUUAGAAGGCCUAUAAGCGUGUGCUAUGCCAGUAUCAGCAAACAAUGGUCCUCGUAGUCUGGUAAGCGCUGGCAUUUCGGGGACACCUGGUUUGCCUCCCAGUAGAUGCGCUUGAGCUCCCGCUAGGUACACAGGUGACUGGACAUGGCUGCCCAGUCACCCUCGUCGCUCUGGCCUCUGUUGGGGUGUUGUUGUUGUUGGCGAAAAAUCCUGGUCAAUUGCUGUGUGGACCAGGGGGAUGUGGCGGCACAUCUAAGUGCGGCUCCGGCCGCGCCAGCCAACUGCGCCUUCCCCUCCCCCGAUCUUCUUAAUUCUGUCUUGGCACUGGGUCCAAGUGGGGAAUGGGGAAGAGAGGGUGCAGUAGGUACUGCGCAAGCCUACUAGCACUUUAAACUACUUCACGCGCAAGUUACUGCCUUGCUGUAGAACACACUGUGGACAUCAUCGAACUCGACAAUCGAACUAUCGGUUCAUUGGAUACUUCUCUUUGCCAAAAAACAUCUGGAGUCGUUGGCAUCUGAUGAGCCUCACGUGGAAGCUCUGUUGUACGCAUUCGACUGACCAGAAACGUCGCUAUUAAAUUGUACUGAAUGUCCGCAGCAUCACAGCCGACUGUCUUGGAUUACAGCAGUCUUUUUUCGCUUCACAUCAGCCAACAAAAGACCCGCAUUUAGCCGCAAAUCGCAACUGGAUGAGCGGAUAGGCAUGCAACUUUCUUCAUCGGUCAAGAACUAAUGUAAUGCCUUGGUGCUUCUGACGAGGUUGCUCACUGCCUGCGAAGGCAGCUGCGCCGGAGUUGAUUUAUAAUGAGGAAGAAUUGGUUAACAUCGACCUCAUCUUAUCUACUCAAGCCCGCUACGUUCUGAAUGCACCACCAGGCCAGGGCAACUGAGAAUGGGCCUUUUUAUAAAGGCUGCAAAGACAUUUGUUCCUGUCUCUCACAUGCCACGCACACACACACAGAUGCUGAUCCUGAUCACUAACCGAACGCAAAUCCUUGCUAAUUAAUUAGUGCAGUCCUAACCGACAGCGCAGCCAGCCAGCGGCUGAAUGGCGGAGGAAUCGACUUAACAGUAACUGCGCGAAGUUGCAAAAAUUCCCAUUGAAACAUCCAAAAGGCGCUUUAGCGAGCAUACGUCUGCUUUCGAUAAAUUUUCUUCAUGUCUGUACACUUAUAUGGCUAUUGAAGUAAGGGAUUAAAACAUACCGGCAAGUAAAUAAUUAUGCUCUAGCUCGGGUUUGGGGAGGGCAGGGGGGGGGGGGGGGGGGGAGAGUGAAACACCAUAAUUCCGGUCAGCGCCAGGGAGAUAGUGGGUUCGGGGGAAUGCACUUACAUGCCGGUGGCUGGCUGGGUGGACUUGAGCCAUGGCAACUGUGGAACCUGUAUGAAGUUAUUCUGUGCGCGUAGGACAGGUCCGCGAAGCCUGAUUGUAACCGCCUCUGCAAAUUGAAUAACAAGUGCGGUUUUUAGCCCUGGUCACUUUGGCCUGAGAUGGAGAGUUUAGCUGGCCGGAUCUUAUUUCGUAACUGUACCGGUAAUAUACAAGCACCAGCCUAACUCCGACCCCUAACCACUAACUCCAACCUCCAACCAUAACCCUUAACCCUGACCCCUAACUCCUACCCCCUAGCCCUAACCCCUAACAGGUGCGACUACGAAGAAGGAUCUUGCCGUUUAGCUCGUUGCCGGCGACCUCUUAGCCAACAAUGACCAUUUUGAUCCCCUUAGCCUUUGUCGCCAUUUCUUAUAGGAAAAGACUAUGGUCGUAGGCGUGCUGCAUGCCCAUAGGUUCCCCUUACCGACCGUACUAGACCUCAUUCGGACGAACGGCCGAAAAGAAAACUUUUUCUCAUUUCAUGUCUAAUGCAGUAGUCUUUCCGCCUCUCUCUCGUGCAGGAAACAGGCACAUGAACGGUUGCUGAUAAAAAAAUUCCUAGUACUUCGCUGAACAGUAUCUUCCGGCAACUCUGCCUAAACAUGGACCUCUGCUUUCCUUGUUUAACCAGUAGAGCGGUCAGCUGGACGCACUCAUGCUGUCGCGCGCUCUUUAAAUCGACAUUCGCGCAGAAAUGAUCAUAAACUAACCAACGACGGCGGAGUCGGCUACAGACAGACUUCAUCGACCCCAAUAGCCAGGGUGUUUUCAUUCCCGAAGAAGGCAACUGAAGGUAAAUAAAACUUUUUUGUUUUGAUCUACUGUACGUUAAUUGAAUUUAACGAGCUGUCAGACAGCUUGGUGUCGUGUUGUUUAAGGUAAAUACAAAUUAUACCGAGAGUGCAGUAGUUUUCAGCGCGAUGUAUGGUUCGCUUAAACUGUGACUCAAGUAGCUAUUGGGCGUGCGCUGUCAUUCGUGAACUAUUUCUACCACCUCAAUCCAUUUCCCCCCCCCCCCACUCAAUUGACAGUUGGAGUCAUAAGAAGAAGAAAAAGCGAUCGGUGAAAUAAGGGCUUUAUAGGCGAAUAAAGCCCUUGUUCCAGCGAUCGCUACUACUUCUUAUCAACUAGUUCCUGGAACUCGCAUCUUCGCAUGUAUCGGCAGUUAGAGUCACGCUCAAAAAAACAGACAGUCCCCCCUUCACGCGAGCGGCCGCACGCCAAAAAAUAGGGGACUACAGGCAGAAUUGUAAAGUAUGCGUUGAAGCCAGUUAAGCUCACGCCGAAGUUUUUUUUAAUGCACUUUCAAAUGAUUAAUUCCACGAGGCUGCAAAAAAGUGACUAGCGUGUAUUCAAUUCCUACAACCUGGUGUGCUGGCUAUUGAUUGAGUAUCCUUCCAAUCAUCUAUGCUAAUUCUUCCACAUAGACUCAAGACGUUCAGUCAGAGGUAGUGAAGGUGUCUUCUGCACUCGUUUUAUUCAAAAAUCGCGUCUUUUAGAUGGUGCUUCAAGGCAAGUAUAGGGCAAGCCUGUUCAGCCCAAAAAAACAGACAGAUGAACUUCUCUGCUAUGAUGAGUCCCACUUUGGUUAAAAAAAACUAAACGGCAUUUGCUUCACAACUUACUAGUGGAGAGUCUAACCUAACUCCCAGUGACAAAACAGCCCAGAUCCGACCCCCCAGGUAAUUCAAACCCAGGGUCGAACGUAGGUGGCUAGCGACGACUAGUUCGUCAGAAACGAUCACUCUUGACUCUUGUGUCGUUGCUUGUAUGUUUUCAGCAUUGUCCUUCAUCACUCUAGGACUGCAGAGGAGACCCUGAUUUUCGCAAGCAGGCGGGCGGGAAUGCGUUUUACACUAACCAGAUCGUUGAAAGUCUCGUCUACGUUACUACUUGAAAGCAUCCAGGAUUUCCCUUUUAAACCUGUCGCUGGUAUCUGCAUAUUUGCUGGUGCAAACCCACUUUUCAUAAGGUUCUGAUGUUUGCAAACUAGAUGCCAUUCAUUUCAUCCAAGACGCCCACACGCUUUCACAAAUAACUCUGAAGAGGCCUCUCGAUGCUAACUGAACACCGCAACACGCGUCAAACGGUGCACAAGUUUUUCGAGACUUACUAAUGUACAGAAUGAUCGAGCGCUGCGUAGAUAAUCACCCAAUCGCUUCUAGAUGCCAACUACAGUAGGUGUGCUUACUCACGAAAUGUUCCUCAAAAUUCUGAAAUGCAUUUUUGUUUCGAAAAGACGACUUAAGUAGGGUUUUAAAAUUGAUCGUCAUGCAGCCUAAUUCUACAAUAAUUGAGUUACCGCGAAAUGUCGGCUUUCGAACGAACUUCUUUUCGGCCGCAUGCAAAAACCGUGCUCUGUAAAAAAAAUAGCUGCUUAAGUAGCAUGAAUUUUUCUCGCUGACUUUCGAUGUCCUUAAAAAUUCAAUUAUCUCUCAUGGAAACCAUGCAUAAGUCCAUUCAGUAUUUUGCUCAUUCGGUAGAAGAUAACGUCUUCUUACAAUUUUAUGCUCGAAAGAAGGGUAUGAUUAGGUUUUAAAGAAGUUUCCAAUUAAGAGAUUUUUUAAUACCCUGAAACGCCCGUUCAUAAAACAUCGUGUCUCUGCAAUUACUAAUUUUGCUUGUAAAUUUUACGAUCUGAUUCGAAUCCACUGCUAAAUUUCACGAAUCCCAUACAGUUCCCUUUUAAUACUGUAGAGAAAUGUGUGGUUUUCCGUACACAGAAAAUAUAUGGUUCGUAGAUUGUAAACUCUGAAUGCAAGUGUAACGGCAGGUCGGCUUCAAAAUUAUUCGGGAAUUGUAGAGUCUUUGAAAACCGAAUUAUGCCCUUCUUUCAAGUAUAUAGUCGUAAGAGGACGUAAUUUUCUACCGAAUGAGUAGAAAAAUGAAUAUUUUUAUGUCUGUUUUCGAUUAAAUAUAAUUGAAUUUUUAGAGGCAUUGAAAAUCAGUGAGAAAAAGUCAUGCUACUUAAGUAGCCAUUCUUUACAGAGUGUGAUUUUUGUAUGCGGCCGAAAAGAAGUACUUUCGGAAGCCAGCAUCCCGAGGCAUCUGAGUGAUUACAGAAUUAUGCUACGCGAUGGUUAGUUUUACAACCAUACUUAGGUAAUCUUUUUGAAACGACGACACAUUUCACAGUUUGGAUUAACAUUUCGUUAGUUAGCAUGCCUACUGCACGUAUAAAUCUACAAAAAGCCAAUAAACCCAAGCCUGAACGCAAUAUCUGAACACUCGUCGGAUAAAUGUUCCAAACAAUCAACCAAAAGCCCUUCGCGAUAGUAUGAGAGGGGUCUCCUGAUCGCCCCUGAGAUACACAGCCUUUUUUGCUAUCUUGGCAUAGCGAGACAAAGGUUUGAGAUUGGGCGUCACCCGCACAUCUGGGUACCUUAACUCGUUUUCUUUUUUCAAGUCCAUGAGGAAAAAGAACAGAUAAAGAACAGGAACGAAAGGAAACCGCUUUAAUUGCUUCAAGACUGUCCUAAAUGCGCCGCGUCAAACUUUAUUCGCACUCAGGUAGUCAAGUUACGUCAAAAUCCCUGUUUUGCAUACGGAGACUUCUUAAACUUUUUUUCAGGGGUGCCCAUGCAACCCACCAAAUACAUUAGGGUGAUAGACUACCGACCAAAAAGUGCUGCCCGAUCGAUAAGGCGUUUGAAUGGGUGAAAUAACUGCAGGGCUGACAGACUAAAAGGGAUGAGGGCAACUGAGUUAGAGGGAUGCUUUAGGGCUGUCCUCAGAAUGCGCAUACGGGGUUUAAGGGGACAGAAGAGGAAGUAUGCGGGGAAGAAGACGACUUUAACUAUACUGACAAGGAUAGUUUUUCACCUGAGGCCGCUCAAAUAGAUUAGACACGAAUUCCGGACACCCAUUGAUUUUCGAUGGUCUUGGAAAUCCAAAUAUAUUUUAUAGAAACCACAAACAAAAAUAUGCUUUCUUUUAGGCAAUAAAUAGAAAAUCACGUCUUCUUUAUAUUUUAUACUUAAGGAAGGAGCAUAAUAAGGUUUUAAAAAAGUUUUCUAAUUGCCGAAAAAUUUGGAGCCUGAUCAUUCGCUGCAUUAGCGCUUAGUGAUUACACUCUACAAGGUGCAUGCCUUCCGCGUAAAGAAAAUCCCAUAUUUUCUAUGUCAUUAAAUAGAUAUCAUACAGGGUCCAUAAAAUUUUGCAAUAGAUGCGGACCAUGUUGUACAUUUCAUGAGGAGCAGUGGUAAACGGACAGGUACGAUGCUAUGCGAAUGGACAUAUCGCGGUCUUAAAAAGUCUCAUAAUUAGAAACUUUUUUAAAACCUUAUUAUGCUCCUUCCUUAAGUAUAAAAUAUAAAGAAGACGUGAUUUUCUAUUUAUUACCUAAAAGAAAGCAUAUUUUUGUUUGUGGUUUCUAUAAAAUAUAUUUGGAUUUCCAAGACCAUCGAAAUUCAAUGGGAAAAAUGCAUGCUACUUAAGUAGUCAUUUUUUUCCGAGCACGCUGUCUACAGGAAAUUGAAAAGAAGUGCAUUUAAAAGCCGACAUCCUGCCGAGUCCAAAAUAUGAUAAGAGAAUGCCUUAAGAUAAUCAGUAUUACAAUCCCGACCAAGUAAUCCUUCCUAAUCGAAAACGCAUUUCAGAAUUUCAGCCAACAUUUCAUGAGAUAGGUCACACACUGUACGUAAACAACAGUAGGCGGGCUACCUCAUGAAAUGUCAACCAAAAUUCCGAAAUGGGUUUUCGUCUCGAAAAGAUUAAUUAAGUAGGGUCGUAAAACUACUCAUCAUGAAACAUAAUUCUAUAAUGAUCCGGUUACCUCAGGAUGCCGGCUUUCGAAUGAACUUCCUUCCGGCUGCAUGCAAAAAUACACUCUGUAAAAAAUGACUACUUAUGUAGCAUGCAUUUCUCUCAUUAAUUUUUGAUGCCCUUAAAAACUACUGAUAGUUCAUGUAAAACAUGCAUACAAAUAUUCAUUCUUUUGCUCAUUCGGUAGAUAAUUACGUCUUCUUCUAAUUUUAUACUCGAAGGAGGGACAUAAUUUGGUUUAAAAAAUGCUUUUAAUUGUUGGACUUUUAAAUACCGUGAAAUGGCCGUUCAUAAAUCGCCAUAUCUCUGCAUUUACCAUUGUUGCUUGUAAAGUUAACAAUAUGGAUCCAAUCCACUACUUAAUUUUAUGAAACCUAUAUGGUCCUCCUUUAAUACCGUAGAGAAAUGUGCGGUUUUUCGUACUCGGAAAAUAUACGGCUUGCAGUUUGUAAACCCUGAAUCCAAGGGUGACAGAGGAGCGGGUUCAAAAUAAUUCGGGAAUUGGAAAAGUUUUUGAAAACCAGAUUAUAUCCCUCCCUCGAGUAUAAAAUUAGAAAAAGACGUUAUUUUCUACCGAAUGUGAAAAAGAUUGGAUAUUUUUAUGCAUGUUUUGCAUAAAUUAUAAUUAGUUUUUAGGGGCAUCGACAAUCAACGAAAAAAUGCACGCUAAUUAAGUAGUCCUUUUUUGCAGAACGCAGUUUUUGCAUGUAGCCGGAAGGAAAUUCAUUCGAAAGCUGGCAUCCUAAGGUAACUGAAAUAUUAAAGAAUUAUGUUGCAGGCUGACUAGUUUUAUAACCCUACUUAAUUAAUCUUUUCGAGACGAAAACGCAUUUCGGAAUUUCGGUUGACAUUUCAUGAGUUAGCCCACCUACUGUACUUCCAUUAAGGCCUCUACGAAGAGUUGGGAAUGGCCUUAACGGUCUCCGCUCACAAGAUUUAUUGAACGUCUAGCUGGCCGUAUUUGCAAAAAUGAAUCCCGAAAUAGGUGUUUUCGCAGUCUUCUCUAUCUUUGGCCGUCUACCUGCAGUUUUGCGAGUACAUGCUUUACUGAUUGAGGUUGGAUUUCCCCAAGCCAAUUUUCUUGCGUUAAACUAGAUAAGGACAGAGGUCCCACACACGAUGCAAGGCCGAUUUCCAAGAAAAUCAAAGUGAAGCCCAUCGCUUACGUGAACCGGCUUCAGUCACCAGCAGUGAGCUCCAGUAGGACACCCAGGAGGAAUACGUCGAGCUCCUCAGAGACGAGUCCUUAUGAAAAUGCCGACUUCAACAAUGGUAAGUGCCAGGUAAUUUAGCUAACUAACUUGCUAUUUCUGCGCGUUUUCUGAAACCACAGGAUGCCAGCUUUUCAAAGACCAGGCCCGUCGUCUCUCGAAAUCUAGUCGAAAACUUACUCUUAUCCAAUGCCUAUUAGUUUUAACCAAGUUUUUUUGUCUCAAAUGCAUGUCUGAUGACCCCUCCAUCCAGCAGCGUAAAUUGUUACCACGUCUCCUGUCGACUAUGCCCAAUUUCGGCCGUUUUUAAGAACAGCGAUACGUCCAAAACCCACCAGUCUUAAUGGUUCAAGCUUGCCGCGAUAGGGUAUAUAACCUGUCGGUUGCCCAGAAGGCCCGCUCAGUUUGUGCACGUACUGAUGGGAUGUUGACGAACGAAUGCGGUGGAGGAACAGGAUAGUAGACCUGCGAUAUUUACCCUCCCACUGUUCAGGUCUACAAUGAACUUAAAACUCAGUGUCACAGCUCGCCUUUGGAGAUAGUCAAAUGACUGCCUACUACACAUAAUGAGACUGAAUUUUGCCCGGCGGUCUGCCCAAUAAAUUACCCCUUUCUUUUAAGUGGGGACAACACUAUGUAGUGAGUCAAUUAAUUUGGCUGAAUGCUGAGUUAAUCGUUGAACUCCUUCGAUCCUGUUCUCCUAGUCAGGUCCACCACUGGGGUACCAAGUGAGGGAGGAAAGACCGAGACCUAUUCUGUGUAGCCUGUCUCCACAAGGGUCUGGUGGGCGUGCAGACUUAAGACUAAACGAAUUACGAUGGUUCUUCGUUGGAUACCCCUAAGCUUAAAUCAGAUACUCUGGUGUGCUCUCCACGUAAUAGUUGGGUGGCUGUCCGAGGACCUCUUAAUCGUUUGAUAGUGUUUUCGCAUAUUCGGAUCUUUGGAAAUGCCAUACCCUUCCUGGCCUCCAUGAUGGCGCCUGUGUCUUUUUCAACAUCUCUGCUUAAUUCCCGUUUAGAACCAGACGGGAGGAACAAGUUCCCUGUCGUUGGUCGGCCUCGUGGAAGGGCGAGUCAAAGGCUACUGGGCCGUACAGAGGUAAACAGAAAGGCUGUCGAGAAUUCUUACAGCAAACUGCGAGAAUACCUGACUCUGUUACAACCGGCUGACUCGCCUUCGGCUUCCUCGAGAACAUCAUCUUGCCCGCAUCGUCAAUAUGCCUCAUUCACUACCGCCUUAUCUUCCGCUUCCUCCUCCUCCUCCUCCUCCUCCUCCUCCUCCUCCUUUCCUUCUCGAUCCUCCUCGUCAGCUACUCUUGCUCUGUCCUCGGACUCACCCGCCGCCGCCUCCUCAUCAUGUCGGACCCCCUCAGUUACACCCUCCUUCUCCGCCCAAUCGCUCGCCCUUUCCUCUGAUUCAUCUAGUUCGACCUCAUCUAGGCCUGAAACAAGUAUUUCAGGACCUUCACCUCCGACCCCUGCGCAAGCUGUGCCUUCGUCGCCUCCGCCUCCGCCACCGCCUUCAUGCCCUUCACCAGCUGUAUCACAUCGUCCCGUCCCAAGCUCAAAGACACCACAAUCUCGAAGAUGGAGGCACCGACUUCAAACGAUUUUUCCCUGUUUGCGCAAGUAGACUUGAACAAACGAAUUUCUUUGAUAGAAACUAUACUGUACCUGCAAAAAAGGUUUUUUUUUCACUCCGCCUCUUGGGGAACGUCUUUCAGACAGUUGUCGUGAAACAAACCUAGGACUGUCAGGGCCACUGGUCUAAGAGAUGGAAUAGAAUAUACCCUCCACUAAAAAAUAAGAAGGUAUAACACUUGUUUUUAUUGCCGAAGGAGCGUUUCUACAGCAUGCAGAGCAUUGAUCUGGCAGAAAAUACCCCUAAACCACCAUGGUCCCCUUACUUUUUCAUUAUAUAUCAAAUUCUGAACAAUUUUUGCAUGAUAUUAUGAGUACCUAUCCAUGUAGAUAAUAUAAAGCCAAACGUCCUGCUCCACUGGAGAUGAAAGCGCGCAAUUUAGUUCAGAAUAAUCCGAUUUAUUUCAGGGAAGUAGGCUGGACAGUGAAAGACCCUGUAGCAUUCGGUAAAUCAUGGUGACAAAACACAUACCAUGACAGUUACUCGUAUUAGCUAGUUGAGUUCUAAUUAAUACAUUCCACAAUUCGUUUUCAUGGAGCUUUCGACAGAAUGCCCAUAACGAAUGAGCCCAGUUAAAAUUUCCAGUCGACCUGGGGUAGAUGAUUGAAUGGCUUACAAAUAAAAUAAAUUGGAAAUGGGCAGAACGGUAUUACCGACAAAGACAAGGGAGACGGGAAUAGACAUUUCCUGUUUAUUAGCCGUCGUCAGCCAGUCAUGCCCAGCCCGAAGUAUGGAACACCUGGGGACUCGAUCCAAGGCCUGUUAGUUAGAGGUUCAUCGCCUCUAACCACUGAGCCACGACCGCGCUGUCUAGUCGGUUUCGAUCGGGAAUGUACAAUGGUAGAGAAGCGCUCAUUGGGAAUGCUUACUGCGGCUACUAGUAAAUUGUGCGUAACUCUUUUUAAACAAUUAACACAGGUCUCUAAGUGACCGGAGGUAAGGAAUAUAAGUCAGAGCUCACGGAUGACAGCAUCGCUGGAAUUCCCCCAUGCACCAAGGACGGACCGGUUAGGGCCACUGACGAGUGAAUGAAGUUCGGACUUAGAAAAAGAAGAAGAUCAAAACAGGAAUUUUAUUCACCAGAGAAUUCACAUUUACUUCUAAGACCUAUUCCGGACAAAAUAAUAAAUCCAGCGGAAAUGCGGGUGGGAACACUGAAUAAAGUUACAGUAUCAAUCAGCCCACACUCCUAAUGUCAUUUCGGGCGUCGCGAACAGGUGUACCCCACAAGGCGAUGGACGCAGCGUGCUGACUUACGCUUGAAUUGGCUGAUCGCAAUAGCAGACUCGUAUAGCCUAUUAAACGCUAUCUUCUCCCUCGCCAAUCUGGGUCCGGUGGCAAAACACAUUCAGAACAACCGAGGGGAAGCUCGGGCGCAGUUUCGUGCCACGCGCAAUGUCUUCACAGAAGAAACGAGACGACUCGGGCCCCAUUUGUGCGGCAGUUACACGGAGACUACAUUCAGAAGGCGUCAAUGAAGCCUGAAUCACAAUCCACCAAUCAGUCAAUGCGCACACAAACGUACAAAUGACAGUUCAAUCGUCGUGACCAACGAUAUUCACCGUGUGACCCACAGCAGGAUAAGAGCAGGCACGGUGACCUGCGCAUAUAUUCUUCUAUGGCUUGCGACGAAUUUACCUCACUCCCUCCUCCUUCCCUACCUGGGCUCGGUGUCAAGACAUAGGCAAGGGGACCGGAGGCGGGAUAGAGCACAAGUGGCUGGCAGGACUGGACCCGCACCUAGGCGUGUCACCGCACCCCCAAAACCACUUGACCAGGAUUUUAACCAACCACAACAAGGUGGACGGCUGGCGCCGCCGGAGCCGCCACUAGGCGUGCUGCCACACCCGCCUCGGAUCCCACGGAGUGGGAGUGCCAUAGAGAGCAAAUUUAGCAGGAAUCAUUGCUGCCUAACUCUCAGACCAUCAGUUCGCCACCCCAUACAAACACAAACUGGGCUGACUGUGAGGUCCAAGUUAUCCCGUCAGUUGGCAACCUUCCAAGCUACAGCUUUUUGCGCACCGUGAUAGCUUCAAGCAUAUCAAAUUGUUUAUAGUGAGAAAAAUGCGCUGACUCAUCGACCUUACUCUCUAUUCCCAGACCCCAGUCACUGUCUGAGCUAGUCAGUCAUCCGGUUCGAGGGAUGAGCGCAGUGGGUGACAGAGCUACAGGGUUUGUCUGCACGCGCCACGCACAUGACCUGGCCCCUAAGCGUACACACUAAGUUUCCAUACACAGGGGGACAGAACACUCUGAUUUCAUAUGCCGCAGAGGAGCCAAAUGGAGAAAGGGGCCGCGAAGCACACUUCUCACUUACGUGAGGGGGUGCGGGUGAUGUGGGAUUUUGGUGUGUACGCAUGGUGCAUGUGUUUGUGGGGAAAUGUGUGGUUAUGUGGACGUAGACUGUAGGCCUGAGAAUCAGGCUGCAAUGGCUCCUGCUUAAUGUGGCUUUUAUCGCACUCCCACUGUGUGGGGUCCGAGCCGGGCAUUGGCGGCACGCCCAGGUGCGGCUUCGGCCGUGCCAGCCUCCACUCUUCUUGUUGCUAUUGGUAAAAAUCCUGGUCAUUUGUUGAGAGGACCAGGGGGUGUGGUGGAACGUCAAGGUGAGGAUCCGUCCGAGCCAUCCACCCGCGGCCUGCCUCGUCUCCGGUCUUCUUCACUCUGUCUUGACACCGGGCCCUGGCGGAUGAGGAGGAGAAGGAGGAGGAGGAGAGAGGGAAUGCGGUAGAUGCAGCGCAAGUCUACUGGCAUUAUAAAGCCCUGCGCAAGUCACCGUCCCUGCUCCCACCACCUGCUGUGGGACAUACGGUGGGCAUAGUUGAAAUCGACGGUCGAACUAUCGUGGUUAUUUGGUCGUGUCUGUGAUGAUUUAUCGCAGGUUUUCAUGAAUGCGCGCGUAACCUGAUGGGCCCAUGCGUUGGUCGAAUCUACGAAAGCAAGCGGGCAACUAAGGUGAGUGCGUCUGGUGUAUGUUGGUACUACAGACAUUGGUUCGCCAGUCUACUUACGAUGGGUUCGCAGGUCACCGACCAGGUCGAUGCGCGAGGUGGAAUGUGCGUCGACAGUCUGGGCAGGAUAGGUUGGGAGCUGCUAGUAAUUGGCGCCCUGGGCGAUGGGGAAAUUAUUGGGCUCGGUGGGAUGGAUGUGCUAGAUGUGCUAGGUGCAUUGACUCUGCGGUGUAUUUCGUUGUCAUGGAUACGCACGUGACCAAAUAGGCCUAUGCGAUGGAUGAAUAUGCGUACACAGUGAGGGAGGAUGUAGCGAGUGUAUGUUGGCGCUCCAGGCGCUGAUUCGUCAGUCUCUCUGCUACGGAUCGCAAGUGACCGAGCAGGCCGGUGUGUGAGGUGAAUGUGCGGUUGCAAUGAGGACGUGCUUGGAUCGAGUCCGCAUCGCUGGGGGCUGUCAGGAACGAUUUGGUCGGUGGCAGUGGUGAUAGAGGUGGUUGUGCGCGCCGUCGCCGCAGUAAUAGUGGCAGAGAUAAAGCAGGACGGAGAUUCUACACAACGUGGGUGCCGUCACUGUCGACGUUGAUGUUGGAGUAGGGGUGGCUGUGGAUGCAGCAGUUGUGGUCGUCGAGAAUUGGUGCAUUGGUUAGAUGAUGAACGACCAGGCCAAUCCGCGCGCGGAAGGUUCUUUGACAACGCUGUCACGAUGGGUGCUGUUGCGAGUCAGACGCACCUGAUACUUGAGAGCAACCCUUUUGGAUUUUGCGGAAGCGAUCCGGUCUGCUUCGUUGAUUGCUGCGCAAGUCUUCACUUUUCUCCUACACGCUGGCCUGUUCUGGACGAGGUCCUCCCAGUCUCUCGGUUCCUCAAAGUUUCGUUGUAGAGUCGUUCUUGUCCUUCCGGUCGGCGAGCACCCGUGACGACAUCUCCAUAGAAGAAUUGUUUUGGAAGACGAGCGACGUCUAUUCUCACUAAGCGACCGUUCUAUUGCAGUUGCAGCUGCCGCAGCAUGACAUGGAUGCUGGGGAUUCCCGUCCGUUCCAAGAAUUUACUGUCCGGGACCCUGCUCUGCCACACCAGCCUCAGUAUUCUUCGGAAACAGUUGAGAUGAAAGUGUUUCAGGUGACUGCCAUGGCUGGAGCAGACGAUCCAUAUCUCCGACCUGCACAGAAAUGUCGUCAAGACGACGACUUUGCACAUCUUCAGCUUGGUGUUCAGCUGAAGCCCGUGUCGAUGUCACACGAAGGCUUGAAGCCGACCGAUGUCCUAGCUGAUAUUAGGGAGCCGACGGGCAACGUCGUCGUCGAUAUUUGUGCUGCGCGAGAGUGUACUUCCGAGUGUACUCCUGUUUCGUCCGUGUUGAUGGUUAGCGCGAAUUUGGCGUAGCUGGCGGCGAAGAGUUCCAUGCUCCGUUGCAUGUCCUCUUCAGUUGUCGCAUUACGUGCGCAGUCGUCAGCAAAGAGCAGGCUGUGGAAUGAGGUCAUACAUAGUCACGUUGGGGCCCACAUGUGCCUGUUGAUGAAAAGACGUCCAUCAGUUUAUUAGGCGAUGCAUGUCCGAGGGUGCUCAUCACGGUAGGCGUCUAUCAUCAUAGCGGAAAAUAUGAGGCCGAAGAGGGUGGGAGCGAGUGCACUGCCCGGCUUAACACCACUGGUCACUGCGAAUCCAGGACAGCCAAAUUUUUGUAUGAUUUUCCACGGUCCCCUGCGAUCCACCGUGUCGGAGGCUUUUAUCAAGUCCACAAAAGUAGUGUAGAGGUGGCUUCACACCUCCUGGCACUGCUCCUGUAGCUGACUAGCGGCGAGGAUCAUGUCGGUGAUUCCGCGGUACCAUCGGAAUUAAAAUUGACUUCCUGGGAGAAGUCAGCGUUCUGGAUGGCCGUUGGAACGAUUGGCAAGUAUAAGAGCAAAGAUAUUUCCGGCAGUGUUAAGCAUCGAGAUUUCUCUGUGUUUACCGCAGAGUUGUUGGCUCCCUUCCCGCUUACAAAAGUAGGCGGUAGUCGCGUCCUUGAAACUCUGAGAUACUUGUCCCUGGCGCCAAAUCGCCGAGAAUAUCAUUGCGAAAUUGCCCAUCAGCCGAGCGUCAGCAUGUUUGUACAAUCCACACGACAUCGCUUCGGAGUCCAGUACCUUCCCGCCAGACAGAUAGGGCGUGGCUCUGGCUGUUUAUUGGAGGAAAGGCGAGAGGUCUAGGCUGUUGUUCGUUUUCAACUGAGGGAGGCGGUCGAUGACGUCGUCGAAUAUUGUGGGUAGGGGCCGUUUGAAGGCGACUCCUUAACGUUCAGCCCAGCGCUUCAAAAUCUGCGAAAUGUCGUUCGUCGGGGUUGAGCAGCGGCGAGGUUCUUUUGGCCGUAGGACCGUAGACUGCACUGGUGGAGGCGAAGAAGUCAUUUGUUUCUGCUUCUGGAUUUCUCUGGCCUUGCAAUCCGACCAGGCGUCCUGCAUCUACCCUGUUGCUGCACUAACCGGCGAGAUCGGAAGAAUACCACCCUGUUAGCGUCGGUUCCGCGUCCGGAGAAGGCUUUUUGCAGUCUAUGCUUCUAAACGAGCAGACUGUUGGUUUUUUUCAGCGUUGUUGUCAAAGUAAUCCUUGUGUUGACGGCGUUGGCGACCUAGGACUUCCAGGGAGGCGGGACGGAUGGCGUUCUGCAGUUAGCGUCACCGUGUUUCCACGAUGGAGUUGUCCUCUGAAACCUGCAUGUCUUCGACGCAUUGAACUAAUUGAUUGCUGAAAUCGAAGCGGAUUGCGGACAAACUCAACAAAGGUGCAUUUAGGAAGUCAAAUUGGCAAACGCUUGUUUUCACUAAUUCAUCAUCGGACCUAUGCAGUUACAUAUGUAACAGUCUUCCGAGCCUCGAUGAUACCCCGUUUGAGCCCCUCAGCGGUUGCCGGAAGUUGCUGGGCAAUGACCUGUCCUUUUACGUAUCUCCACAAAAAGGAAUCACCCGGGGUCAAGUCAGGUGAACUUGGGGGUAAUUUCAUUAGCAGGGUUUCCCCAUCAACCGCACGUUCCAACCCAUCCUCCUGACAGUUUUUCGGUGAGAUAUACAUAGUAGCAUUGUAAGUUUCCAGUGUGGUGGAUUUCCAACUUCAGUUUACUUCUUAAUUUAAACGGGGGACCAUUGGUAGGGUUCUUUAAAACAAUCCUACUCUAACAUAUUGACUGGAGUACGUUUUCGAGAUUAGAUACCAUCUAAUACUUGCAUUUCCUGUUUGUGGUAUAAAUUAGCUAAAAUCUUUUUGGUAGUCUGUACAGUUAUAUCUCUCUUUCCACAUGCCACCUUUAAUGGCACCUCCGCAGAAGUGUCAAGUAAAUGUCUAAUGUAGAUGGUUUGAUGACAAGUAUAGCUGACAUUUGAAAGAAUCUACAGGCAUAUGUCGCUUUUCCUUGUACCCCAUCACCGAACUGAGUAUGCACUAAAACAGCGAUUAAAGCUUCCCCACCCAGGUAUAUUCAUGGCUUGAAUGUCGGCGUUCCGCGCAUCAUUUGUGCAUAUGCGAACCUACAGUAGCUGAACUAUCUCAGGAAAUGUUGACCGAAGUUCCGUAAUCUGUUUUCGAUUUGAAAAGACUACGUAGACGGGGUUGUGUUAUUGCAUAUCUUGGAGCAUGUCAGGAUGUCGAAUUUCGAAUGAGCGUCCUCCUAACCAUUUCAUAUAUUAUGGUUGAGGGAAAGUUAUUUUCCGGUUUUAAAAACUUUCUAAUUCCAAAAUAAUUUUAAUACCAGCCUGUAGUCGCACUCGUGCCCAUGAUCCCCAGGCUACAUGCUGUGCACUUUUCCUAUAAGGCAAAGCACACAUUUUUGCAUGCUGUUGAGGCGACGCCACAAAGGGGUCAUGAAAGUUUGCAAUGAAUGUGGAUCAUGUUGUAUACUUCAUCACGGUACGCUAAAAGUCGUGGCUUGGAGAGUUGCCAACGGACGGAAUAACUUGGACCUCGCAGUCGAGCUAGUGUUGUGUGUUUGUGUGGAGCGGUCGAUUGUCAGUGUAAGAGUCAGGCUGAAAUGGCACCCGCUUAAUGUGGCGUUUAUGGGACUCCCACUCCAUGAAAUCUGAGCCAGGUGUGAUGACACGGCUAGGUGCGACCUCGACCGCGCCAGCCUUCCAUUUUUUGGUCAAAAUCCUGGCCAUUUGUUGUGUGGACCAGGGGAUGUGGAGUGGAACGCCAAGAUGCGGGCCCGGCCGUACUAAUUACCUGCGCCCUCCCCCGCCUCCAUUUUUUUGACUCUGUCUUGACACCGGGUCCAGGUGGGAGAGGAGGAGAGGGUGCGGUAGAUGCGGUGCAAGUCCAUAUUCACUAUAAACUAAAUCACGCACAAGUCACCGUGCCAGCUCAACCUUGUGGUGGAGCACACGGUGUACCUCGUCGGCCACGAUGAUCGAACUGUCAUACUUCACCAGCAAUAUUUAUUAGCGGACAGCUAGGAUGAUGUAUGAAUGGAAAUUGCACGACCCUUUGUCAUAGUUGGAUUUUAUGACACUUAUGCAAUUGUCAAAAUUAAUCUGCUUCUCAAACGUCUUGCCCAAAAAGUUAACAAUCUAAAAAGAAUAUUUUCAAUACGCCCUGGUUAAAUGGCAAGUGAUUGUAGUUACCAAAUCCCGCCUAUUUCAAGGUCCUGGACUUUGAGGAAUAAUUUCGUGCAUCAACUGUUUGCUCAGACUACAUUCUGUCGGUGAAGUCGACGAGGGAUACUCAUUUCCUUAAAAAAUUGCGACUACCGAAAAUACACAUGACAUCGAUGAGAUGAUACCGACAAAGACAAGAGAGACCGGAAUGGCCAUUUCUGGCUUAUUAGUCGUCAUCAGCCAGUCAUACCCAACCCCAAGUGUGGAUCACUUGAGAUUUGAACCCGGGAUCUUUGGUCAUGCAGUUUGACGCUCUACUACUAGUCGCUGGGCGACUGCCUGCGAGGGUUCUAGUAUGAGCCCCAAGGCACAACGGAACGAGCAUGUUCCGUAACCUGAUCGGCGAGCGCCCACUGUCAUAACACAUGACAUCAUUUUGCAGUAUUUGAAUGGCCACGAAUUUCCAACCAAAGUUCAUUUUCUUCAGCAAGUGCGUCCCAGGCUAAUUGCUAGAAAGUAUUGCCAGUGGUUUCCUGCGACGCAAACACUUUUGCCGUGUGUCAGGUUUGCAAACAGCGGGUGGGGUUUCUUUGGAAAUACAUCUGAGGCCUCUGUAUGGACGGAUAUUUGCUCAUUAUUGAAGCAUGGCUUACUUUUGAAUCCCACGUGACUUACUCUUCCAUACCAACUAUUCGAGUUCAGCCAUAGUGCACCCAAUCUCACUUAAAUAAUUUCCUAUCACUGUUUUAACACUACAGAGCAUGAAAAUCUUAAUAAGGUGAACAAAAGGCUAAUGUGUGCAGAUCAUAGCCGGUCAGCGCAAAAACUGCUCUCCACAUCCUUGCGCCCAAAUAUCUGCGUUACAUUUGCAACCUUACCGACUAAGCUGAACUGAUUUGGUCUGUGAAUCCACGACAGAGGUUUGAAGGAUACCCUCGUAGCGCCUUGUUUGCUCUCCUUAUAAGCAACCCCCAUCCCUUGGUGAUAUUACUCUAGAAGAAUCGCCUGGACAAUCUUCCAUCUUCACUAGGCUCCCGCUACAUGGCAGUUGCAGUUACCUCAGCAAAACAUGGAUGUUGAGGACGCCGGUCCCUUGCAGGACUUCCGUCUCCUGCAUCCCGUCCUACCACGUCACUUUGAGUGGAAGUGAUUUAGUUUCCUGGCUUAUUUGACGUAGACGGUCCAUGUCUCUGCGUCGUAUAGUAGCAUUGUCAGAACAACCACCCUGUACAUUUUGAGCUUCGUGUUCACUCUAACUCCGUAAGCAGUCUCAGACGGAAACCUGGCGCUGACUUUGGAGUCCCGGUGGGCUACUUUGUCCAUGACUUCGGUGCUGCGUGAGGAUGUGCUGUCUGGACAGGUGAAAUUGUGCACGGUUUGGAUUUAGGUACUGGCGACGGUGAUGCAAGGGGCAUCUGCCUUGUUACAGUAACAAACAGCUCAGAAAAAAUGGUUGAACACUGCCUCUUUUGUCGCCGUCAUUGAGGAUAAUAUCGGCAUUGCGGAAUGCGGCUGCUCUGCUUUGCGGUUCCUUUCGGUAGCGCAGAUCCCAUUCACGUAGCUAACUCCACUACUGGCUUGAGAAUUCGAGUAGUGUCUACUUAUGAGACCAACUUGGAGGGUACCUUCGAUAUAGGACGAACACACCGGGACUCAUUUAACCUGUUGACAGUAGUGUUCUGCCAAACUGGGAGCAUCCCAUCAGGCAAAAAGUGAAUAUACAUAGGAAUUUAAGUGUGAAGCUGCUAGUAAAACUCUCCUCCAAGGGUGCACUUGCGUUUUCUGCAGCCAUGACAUACGAUAUUGAAGAAUAUAUUGCGGCGUGGGCGGCUGCGUCAGCGAUGUCAAAGGACAGGAGCUGUGGGGUCAGAAGACCCUUUGAGUCCACGUGUCUCGCGUAGGCAGUGAAUAAGCGCUCUUGAGGCUAUUAUGCAAUCUGUUGUUUAGAUGAUUUAUUGCUCUGUACAAUCACUGCGAAAGAUGGUAAAUGACCUAACGAGUGAUGUUGAGACGCACAGCAGUGCAACUGCCGUAUGCACGAUUUUACAAGGUCGUAUGCAUGUGCUUUACGGAGAUUCCUGAAGAUUGCUAACUUCGGGUUCAUCCAGUGUGCUCACUCAGUCUUCUCAUAACACGGUCCGAGAUUUGAUGUGAAUAUUUGAGCUGAAAUCCAUCAGCUCUUUUGUUUACUGGAAAUAAAAGUAAAAUGCAUAGUUUUCGCUUUGACUCAAUAAUGUUCCAGAAGGCCGGAAAAUUAUAAAUAAUACAUUAUGGUAAAUACCCGAUAUUACCCUGCAUUUACUGGCAUUUGACGAAAAGUACACAGCGUUUUUAAUCCUUUUUUAUGCUCGUGCAUGCCUAUGACUCAUGCCUGUUCAAACCGAGGACAUACGCACACAGAAAUGACCUUAAAACCAUCUAGGAAUUAUUAGAUACCCUCUUAAAUCCGCUCUUGUGUAAAUAAAUGCCAGCAGUCGCUUCGCAGCUGCAAUCCCGAUUUUCAUCUAAAAAUUUAAUGCUGUUUAUCAAAGGUAUUUUCGCGAAAAAGAUCUCGCACAUAUGGUCGGAAGGAAUACCAGGAGGUAUUAAAAGCUCUUUUGUAGAAUGGUUUUCAGUAUCAAACAGAGCCAGGCAAAAUAUGAGAGUCUUUCUCCAAGAGCAGAUACAGGUCCGCCAGACUUGCAAUAAAAGUACACAGGCCCAACAGGUUCCCUCCAGUUUAAAAUUCUCAGCAACUUGUCAAUCCAGAAUUUCUUAACAGUUUAUUACUUCGUCAAGUCUAAUCCAAAAGUUUCAUUACCGCAGAGGAAAACAGACAAAAAUACACUAGACACACGAAAGCACACGGAAAGCCAAAUUAUAUAAACAGAUGAUUAAAUGAUAUCCACAAUUUGCCUUGUUAUCAUGCAAAGGAAAAUAACUUGCAUAAAAUAUUUGUCCCAAAAUCUAUUCGCCCUACUUGUUAAGCUAUAAAUAUACAGGCUUUACUGAUAAAAAAAAAUACACUAAAAGGCAAUGUAUUAAGAUCAAUAAUUCCUCUUUAUGUUAUGGAAACCUUAAAUGAGGCCCUCUCCUCUGCUCGAUAGUGGCAUUUCGUUAGUGCAAAUAGUUAGUCGCCCACAAAAACAGUCCCCGUCUAGAUAUUUUGCCAAAAAUUUCACGUUUAAAUAUGUGGGGAUAAUCCUAAUCAGAUCCCUAUUUGACCUAGUUGUUUACUUUCUUUUGUGCUCUAAACUUCCGAAAAUAAUUGGUGAGCACGUUUUGCGGACUAUGAACGGCCAGACAAAACAGUAAGGUCAUAGUGUGUGCAGAUGGGGACAGAGAUCCGAGUCUGGGACUACGGAUUUUUGAACUACAAUUCCAAUGCGGUGCUCCCGCUUGAAUAUUCAUAUUUGUAAAUUGCCCAACCAGGGGUGCUCACAUGACGCGCGUUCGAAAUUAAGGUGAAUGCCGUCCUUCACUUAAAUAUUUUAAAUUUCCAUUCCAUACUCUUGUUCGACAGAAAAAGUUACACUUUGCGGGCGAAUUUACAUUUUACUUUUUGCCAAAUUCAGUCCAUCUUCCUCGGGUGCAACUUCCGUCAAUGAGUGCUGUGUCGCGGCUGCUUGCAACAGGCUAACCAAUUUCGGUCUUUGGCCCUGUAAUUUCCAACAAAGUUCUCGCUUUUACAGGUCAUUUAAAUAAGAAAGUUUGUUGUAACCAACGUAAAUAUAUAUACAUUGGAAGAGCACAGGAAGAAUAGCUUUUUGAAAAUUGAUCAAGAACAUUUAGUUGGUAAAACGACCCUGAUUACUUACUUCGCCGUAGAUUCCCUCAAAAAUGUCCCCAUCAAGGGACUUCCCUGAACUCAUUUCGGGCAUUAGGUAUGGGCCAGACUACAUGGUGUACAGCAUAAAUAAACAUGAGAAUAACUGAUUGCGCGAGGGCCAUGCGUUUGUUUCGGCAUUUCUCAUUCAAAUAAACAGUUCUCAAACCGAAAUACGACACCGGUUCUAGUACAAGUAUCUAAGUGUCAUAGUUCGUUAAAAACCUUAUAUAGUAGUCUCUAGUUUUCGCAUACGUAUGUUAAUGCCUAUAUUCAUCGAAUGAAAUGUAAUGCAACAAGUCGAUGCUACCUAGGUAGCUGUUUUCCACAUUUUAAUCGUGUAAAAUCGUUCUUCAGCUCUCUAUAUGUUUUGAUGCAGAAUGUUUAAAUGUGUGUAUGUGUUCUUGCGCCCAGCGGAGGGGUUCGCCUUAUCCCCAAAUUUCGUAUGAUUGUGCAAACUAAUGAUUUCUAAAUCUAUAAACAGUUAUUGACCCGUAGUGGGUGUCAAAUAAACAGAACAAUUGCGAAUUGUUUCUAUCCUAAAAGUGACUACUUAAAUCGGUUCCUUGAAUACCUAACUUUAGAGAGCAUUUUCGUAAAAAAUCCGUGUUGCAACGAUCCAUCUUACCAUUGAUUUCCUGAAGGCCCAUUCAGACACGUUUUAGUAGGCCUGCUUAAAAUCUUUACCAUUCCAUAUUUGUUUGAUAUUUUGUCAUUAUAAAUAAGGUUAAAAAGUGCGCAAAAUUCCGUACUUGCGUUAAGACAAAUUCAUUGUCUCUACACACGUUACCAGAACCAUAGUCAAAACGCCUGACAAACGUUCUUCUAGUCUUCAAAAAAUACAAUCAAUUCUCAAAUUUUUCGGAGUAUACUGGAGUUAAAAACAAGAACAGGUUGAAAUGUACUAUAAGCAAUUUUGACACCUAAGGGGUCAUUUAGCGCAAACCGACAGAUGGUCGGCUUUGCAACCCGUAUUGAUUAUAACGGCAACGGAUUGUGCAAUUGUCCUUUUUUUCGCCUAGGAAUAAAUCAAAUCACCUGAAGUUACUUUUGUGCAUCGUGAUCUUAGUUAAAUUACAAACUGCUUCCUGUGCAACAUACCCAUUGCCAGAGUAUUCUGAGCGAAGGCUACCACAGCUGACUUAGAGACAAAAUCUGGUGAUUUUGUUUUCCAUGUGGUCACUGCGGUGGCACAAUAAAAGGGUUGUUUAGCAACUUUAUCAUCUGUUCAUUUAAACCGUUGUCUGCUUACGAAGGACUCAAUAUAUUCGUGAGGAAAAGAUUGGCAAUGGCGUGAACCAAGGAUAUUCAUGCAAUGUGUUUUUAAUCUCGCUCCUAUCGAUCGCCGUCUAUCCUAUUCAAUGCAGUGGUUACGUCGUAAAUACAGACGCCGCCUAAUGAACCAAGUCCUGUUCGUAAUAGAAAACCACAGAAAAGAGUGCUAUUUCUUGUUCCCAUUAGAAUGCCGCUCAGAGCAUCGUCGACCAGCCGUCACUGAGCAGGAAAGCUUCUCUUAAAAAUAUAUGCGUUUUCAGACCUACAUAUCGACUUCUGUACAAUUAUAUCUAUUUCUGCCAAAAGGGCACUUGCUGCGGGCUUGCGUUUAAUUCACAACUCCCGAUUGCACAGAAACGGUGCCAAACUGCGACAACUAUUCUCUUGGAUCGUAUUAGGCUGGCCUGAUGAGGCCGCAGUGGUCGAAAUAUUUGGCACUCAUUUCGGCGAUCGGUAAUUAGCAGGCCUCUCCUAUUCUGAUGGCGAUCGCCUCAGCAACGUGUCGAGUGGACCUUUUCGUAGAAGGAAGCGUAAAGCCGAUGUUAGUGACCCCCGACAGCGUGCAUAACUCGAGCUACCUUAUUAACUCCUUGCGACCGUCUAAAGUUCCCUCUCAAAACUGAUAGUACGGUGUACGCUUCUAUUGGCAUAGUACGGUGUAUUAGGCACAAACGAGUUGGAAAAAAGUGGGCUCACCGGAACGGAUUUACUUGGAUGCUGACGUUUCGAUGAGCUUGGUCGGCUCUCCGUUGUCAAGGCGUAAAAUGUACUUAAUCGACCAGAAAUCCCACGUGGCAUGUCACGUUAGUCGGUCUUGUGCUGAUCGAUUUUUCUCUCUCGCUACCUCGGCCUCUCGGGGGAUGGUUGACCGGCGUUUUGUCUGCGUGCUCUGUGAGUCAACACUCGGUCGGGGAGAGGUGAUUGAACCAGUGUCGGGUGGUCGGUCUGGCGGUUCUUGUUCAUCCUCACCGAGUAGACUUGCCGUCGGGCUGUCUCCGUAUGAUCUUCUGAAGUCCGGUGUGGUUGUUUGGUCCUGAGCUCUAUGAUUGUGAUGACGUAGGACCUUGUAAGCCGCAGGAGGGUCCAUAUGCCUGUUGAUAGAGUGGGCAUCGGAAUACUACGCCCCGAGAAUUAGCCGUUCUGCUUUUGUGUUGCCCGGCCUAAGAUGGUAGCCCUCUGCAGGUCAAAAGUGUGCCCUGUUUCUCCAACGUGUGUUGCUAGUUGAGACUUAGGGUUUAACCUCCGAGUGGCCGAUUUGUGCUCUUAUAGGCGAGUCUACAGUUUCUGCCCGGUUCCUCCCAUAUAGUUGCAGUCGCCCUCAUUGCAAUUUAUCUUGUAGAGGAUUGCCGAGGUUUCAGAGGGUGGCAAUGGGUCUUUAGGUUGCAUUAGACGGCGUCGAAUUGUUGUCUAGGGUCGAUGGGCUAUGCCUACUCUGGGGGGUUUUAACAGUCGAGAGACCGCCUCAGAGAGCCUUUUAACGUAGGUAAUGGCCCUCCGGACUUCGGGUUGCUGCUCACUUGGCCGUCGUCUGGGCGCCCAAUUUCCACUUCUCUCGAUGAAAUGUCUGGGAUAACCACUGGCUGCAAAUAGGUUCUGAAGGUACAGUCGUUCGGCUCUUUUAUUUUCUGGUUUGCUGCAGUGAUUCGAUUCUUUGGAACAGAGUGCAGACACAGCAACGUUUGUGAGACAGAGGAUGGUUGCUGUUGAAGUAUAACAUUUUUUUCGUGUCGGUGGAGUUUCGGAAAUCUGUGCUUUACAGUUGUCCAGUUGUACACCGGCGCACAAGCACGUCAAAGAAAAGCAGUUGGUAGUUUCUUUCUGCUCCCAUCGUAAAUUGGAUAUCCGGGUCAACUGAGUUCAGUUGUUCCUUUAGGUGCCCAAUGUCAGUUGUUUUGACAACGACGGUGUCAACGACAUAGCGAACCCAGAACUUUGGUUGAUACUUGGGGAACACCAAGUGUUCUAUCCGUUGAAGAACUACUUCAGCGAUUAGGCCUGAUAGAGGGGAGCCCAUAGGAGUGACUUUUAUUUUUUCAUACAUUUGUCCACAAAGAGUGAAAUAGGUCUUGAGGCAGUAUCGCAGAAGCUCGAGCAGAUACUCAGUCUUCAGGGGUUUGUCUCUCUCCUCAUAGCGCCCUGCCAGUAGUUUGUUCGCAGAGUCUAUCGCUAGUUGCUGUGGAAUGGAGAUUAAGAGCGAAACGACAUCAAAGGAUUCGUCUGACUCUAACUUCAGAUGUUUUAUGCGUUCCAGGAACUAGUUCGCAGACGUUACUGUUGUUGGUGAGCCUUCGGCCAAAAACUUAAGACGACCGAACAUCCAUUUUGUCAAACCGUACGUCGGGGUGCCACGAAGGGAUACGAUUGGCCUGAGUGGGACAUUUGCCUUGUGCUCCUUCGGUAGACCGUAAAAACGAGCCGUGGAGGUGUCAGUGGGUUUCAUAGAGAACCAGUCAUUCGGUGUAGUCGCCCCCUCGGCUCUUAAAUUUCUUAGAAUUUUGUUGACCCGGGUGAUUAGAUUUUUCAUUUCGCUGGCAUGGCAUUGCUUGUAGGAAUGCUAGUCUUCGAGUAGGUCCUGUCCCUUGUUCUCUUUAUCCGAGUUGUCCAGCUCAAUUGCUGAACUAGCGAGUUGGGACAUACCACAGGACAGUAUGCACUGUAGUUUGUGUGCUUGCUUCCAAAUUAGACCGAUAUGGACCUAGACACAACUUUUUACUAGGUUGUACCAGAUGGAUUCGAAGAGCCACAUGGAACACCUCUCUCAAACUCAAGACGCGGAAAUUCCCGGUCUGAGUUAACGAUGCGGAUCUAUAAGUCCCUCUCUAAAUCGCACACAAGCAAAAGCCUCUGAAAGGACCUAUGCUUUCAAGGAGACUGAAUAGAGUUUUAACAUUCAGGUUAUUGAGCGUCUAUGCUUCUAGGCUCUACAUUGAGCAUCGGAUGCAUAGUGUUUUUAUCAUACUGAAUGAAUUACGUUGGUAUUGUUCAAAAAGGCAUUCAAAUUCUAAAGCACGCUCUGUUUCCUAACUGUUUUUUUCGUGACAUUAUAUCAAGAGCCGCGACACUCUUCUGAAAAGGUUGCGGACGUAAAUCCUAUGCAGUCUCGAAUAUCCACGAUGGCAGCCAAUAGAAGAGUGGGCGUUUGGCUCCAGGUUGUGCCUUUGAAACGAGUAUUAUCGAGAUCUGAGCUUUAUGAUAUGGCUGGCAUAGGAUGGCAAAUAACUCUUAGAUGGAUGUUUCAGUUUGGUUUAUCAGCUCUAAAAGCCAUAUUUGCGGCAGAACUGAUUAUAUGGUCUUCCGAAUUCCAUUCUAAUGUAGCCGUAGUGAAGUGACGUUUGGGAGGCUGCCAACCUUUUUCAAAAUUACGUUCAUGUAUCUUGCAUAAUUUGUUCGUUUCCCACAUAUUCUCCUCUAUUCAACAAGCAAAAGUUAAAUAUGCACGAAUUAAUCAUUCAAAAUUCGAAUAGCUGUUGCAAGUGUCUAAAAACCUCCAAAGAUCCAUGGGUACGAACUACAAACUCUUGGCCUUUCGUUUCUUCUCUUGAAGUUCGUUCCCGUCGGCACUAUCCUUCUCAACCGCCCUGCCCAUCCUCUCCUCUAAGUCAUCAUCCUCCCUCUCAACAUUUCUUUAAUUUAUAUUGACCCAACUAUGAAAAACUCGGCGCCUCGGUGGGAUGCAAGCCCACGACAUCAGGGGGAAGCCUUUAGUACAGCCAACGCUCUAACCACCUGAGCUACGAAGCCCCCGACGGACGACGCGACUUUACUCAUAUUUGGGUUAAGUUACCCGCCCAACCUACUGCAACGUCUGGAAUCCACCAAAUCGGAUACAGUAAGUUGACUGCCAAAGUAGGAUUCCUUGAGUAAUUCACCUAGAAUCCCCAAGAUGACUACCAGGCACAGGUGAUUCAUAGAUGUUUUGGCACAUUUUGAAUUUUUUGAUUUUUGAUUCUCUUUACUUGUCAUCUCACCCGUCGAAAUCACCACAUUCUCUCUUUCCUUUGAUAUGCGCUUUAUUGCGGACUUCACCACUCGCCCUCAUCUUCACGCCCACCCGCCUUAACUUUCUCGUCUACUUUUCAUCCCCACCUUGAGUCAGCACUGUCAGCUAUCAACCGUGCUUGUUGUGCCUUGUGCUAUUUUCUCAGGCACUGUGCUGAUGCUGCUGUUGCUGUUGCUGCGGCUGCUGCUGCUGCUGCUGCUGCUGCUGCUGCUGCUGCUGCUGCUGCUGCUGCUGCUGCUGCUGCUGCUGCUGCUGCUGCUGCUGCUGCUGCCCAGUCUCGUCUUGUUUGCCACCUGCACACAGCCAUCGUUAUUCUCACACACACACGCAUGUAG